AUGCGUCCCUCCACUCUGUUGUCUACCGCCACAUUGGCCGCCGUGACCGCUGCACAGUCGCUCACUAACGACACCUACCUGGGCUACCCCGUCCUCGACGUCUCCGCCUCAUCACCUCUCGACCUCGCCUCCAUUCCCGCCAACACCAUCUCCCGCUACUGGCUCCGUCCAGGCAUCAGCCAGGGCAACAUUCCGUACUUCCUGCCCGUCAUCAUUGCCCGUGGCACCAGCGACAGCCUUGAUACAGGCCGGAAGCUAUCCCUCAGUGCUUCCAUCCAUGGCGACGAGCUGAACGGUGUGCCAGUCGUGCAGCGCGUCUUUCAGACCCUUGUUGCUAGCGAGGUGGUGGCAAAUGGCGAGUUCAAUGGCACCAUAAUCGGCGUCCCCCAGCUCAACCCUCAGGGCAACUUCAUGAAUGCUCGCAAUUUCUACACGCCCGGUAGCAGCGGCUUUCUUACGAACCUGAACCGCAUCAUGCCCGGCGAGGCAGAGCCCGAGGAAGCCAGCCUGACAGACGCGUAUGCCGGCCAGAUCUGGUACGGCCUAUGGGGCAACACCAGCAAUGUCGAUGUUGCGGUCGAUUUCCACUGCCUGGCCACUGGUGCAGACGGACCACUGUGGGCAUACGCCGACUUUGACUUUCCCUAUGUGCAGCGCCUGGCUGAGUUGGCCAUGCCAGAUGUUAUCAAGAUCGAUCCCGGUGAGCCGGGCUCGGUAGAGACCACGUGGGUCGAUUAUGGUGUGCCGGCGAUCACUCUAGAAAUCGGACCUGCGAAGCAGUGGAAUGGAGACCUGAUUGACAGGGCUGAGGAGUUCGUGUAUCGGUUGCUGGAGGACCUGGGCAUGAUGUCAGCGGAAUCGCUGGUGGAAGGCGAUUUCGAUUCUGAGGCCAGCUACAAGGGCACGAACUUCUCUAGUGUCUACGUAACGCAGUCAGGGUGGGUGAAUGUCACGGUUGGCGUUCUGGACGAUGUCGAGGAGGGACAGGAGGUGGGAACCUUGUACAAUUGGUUUGGCGAUGUUGUGGAGACGCUAACGGCGAGUGUGAGCGGAAGAGUGCUGCAGGUCCAGACCGAUCCGGCGGUGGACGCAGGGAGAGGGGUGGUCGAUAUCGUCUAUAACGCAACGGCCAGUGGAGAGGAGAGCAAUAGCAGGAAGAUGAAGGUGAGGCGAGGUAUUGGUGGCCGGGGCAGGGCGUUCUGA